UUGUUAAUAUAUAUACUAAUACAUCUGUUGUCUAGUUUUCCCACUGUUCUGUGAAUCGACAAAAGAAGGCUCCCUACUUUUUUGGUUUCUAUAGAGGCUGGGCCAGAUUCAAUCACUAGGCUCAACUCAACUCUAGCCCCUAAUUUCUUCCUUGUAUUUAGAAGUUAAGGCCUGGGCUUUACGCUUUAGCAACCGACUUUAACUGCCUUGGAGUUGUGUCGGUGAACUCCGCUCCUCCACAUCACCACCACCAAGUGAAGGCGGAGAUUCACCUUCUGCAAAUGGGCGGCCACAACAAUGAUUCAUCAUCUUUCGUUUCCAGCAAAUCCUCCAAGAUCUUCGUAGCAGGCCACCGUGGUCUAGUUGGCUCUGCUAUAGUCCGCAAACUCCAGGCCCUUGGCUUCACCAAUCUUGUCCUCCGCAGCCACGCUGAGCUUGAUCUCACUCGCCAAUCUGAUGUUGAAUCUUUCUUUGCGGCUGAAAAGCCAGAAUACGUUAUCCUUGCUGCCGCAAAAGUUGGUGGCAUCCACGCCAACAACACUUAUCCGGCUGAUUUCAUAGCGAUCAAUCUCCAGAUCCAAACCAAUGUAAUUGACUCCUCGUAUCGCUAUGGCGUCAAGAAAUUACUCUUUCUUGGUUCAUCCUGCAUUUACCCCAAGUUAGCACCCCAACCGAUCCCUGAAAAUGCCUUGCUCACCGGACCUCUUGAGCCGACUAAUGAAUGGUAUGCGGUGGCCAAAAUUGCUGGAAUCAAAAUGUGUCAAGCCUACAGAAUUCAGUACAAUUGGGAUGCAAUCUCUGGUAUGCCAACCAAUUUAUACGGUCCAUAUGAUAAUUUUCACCCAGAAAAUUCUCAUGUGCUUCCUGCAUUGAUGAGGAGGUUUCAUGAGGCAAAGGUGCAGGGGGCAAAGGAGGUGGUGGUGUGGGGAACAGGGAGUCCAUUGAGGGAGUUCCUUCAUGUGGAUGAUUUGGCGGAUGCAGUGGUGUUUUUGAUGGAGAGCUAUAGUGGACUGGAGCAUGUGAAUGUAGGGAGCGGGAAGGAGGUGACAAUCAAGGAGUUGGCAGAGUUAAUGAAGGAGGUAGUAGGGUUUGAAGGGGAGCUUGUUUGGGACUCAUCAAAGCCUGAUGGGACUCCCAGAAAGCUCAUGGAUAGCUCGAAGCUCUUGGGGUUGGGAUGGACGCCUAAGAUACCACUCAAGGAUGGGCUUGUUGAUACUUACAAAUGGUACUUGGAGAAUGUGAUCAAGCAAUGAUGCAGGUGAGAUUAUACUGUAUGAUGUGUUUCAACGAUGAUUUUGGUAAUAUUACUAUUGCCUCGUAAUAAAUUUUAGCAUUCAUUUUGUAUUACUACCUAUAUUGGAUUGUAAAAUGCGACACUUUAUUUAAGGUCACUGAAUUUCAUUUCAUAAUCUUUUUUGGUUCUUUUCAA